AUGGUGUGUUCAGAGAAACAUGGUGCCCAGCAAGUUUGCCGUAAAGGUCCGAGGAAGCAACGAAAGGAACGUACCGUGUAUUCCCACGAACAGAAGCUCCUCCUCUUAGACCAUUUUGAUCAGUUCAAGUACCCAGACUUGGAGCAAAGGGUGAAGCUGGCACUACUGAUUGGUGUUACCGAGAAUGAGGUCAAGAUAUGGUUCAAGAACCAACGUGCUAGGUGGAAACGGGAGGAACUCAAGAAUGUUAAAGAAGCACUCCCAGAAUCAACUGGAAGCUCUCAAGAUGAUUCUGUGUCAACCCACUCUCCUGGUCAGUUAUCAGUCACUGCCAAUGUGGGGUCCUUGUCUCCAGGCACAUCUACUGUGGGCUCCAUUCCCAACCUCAAACCCAGCAUGGAAGCUUCUCUCAAUAAUGAUCAGGCUGUAGAAGAUUCAAGGUGUAGUUCCCAAGAGGACCUGCUUGAUGGUAAAUGCCCUGCUGCACCUCCCAACUUUGGGAAACCCACAGUAGUUGAAGUCCAGACUGACCCAGCAGUGACUGAUGGUCCAGCCUCAGUGGAAGCUGCAGUUUCCACCAGAGCUUCACCCAGAAGCCCAGAUGUUGUUCAGUACUUACAUCCAUCUUCUGAGCAGCUCUGGAAGUUGAUAUAUGAGGAUCUACGCCAAGGGGAGUGCUCAGAGACUUGA